UCGUUUUCUUCUCCGAUUCGCUUGACACACAACUUCUUUCCUCGUCGUAUCUCUCUCUUGACUCUUGUUAAUCGGAGAUAAAAAAAAAUAUCGGACAUGGACAAAGCACAGUUGAUUUUGUUAGGACUACCUAUAUUCUUGUUUUGUUCGGAUCUCUUCAACCUAUUCACUCCUCCGCCUCCUAAACCUCAGCCUCAACGUCCCCAUCAGCCACCACCGCAUAUCCCUCACCAGCAGCAUCGUCCUGCUUCCUUCAUCCCCGAAACCCUAGAUUUCCCUUCACAGAAGACAAGUGGCUUAGGAGGAGCAAAUGGAUAUGGACAUACUGUUGAGAUCAACUUCUGUGUCUCCUGUUCUUUCAAAGGAACUGCAGUCACCAUGAAGAAGAUGUUGGAGACGGCUUUCCCCGGUUUAGAUGUGAUUCUCGCAAAUUAUCCACCACCAGCACCAAAGCGCCUUCUAGCUAAAGUUGUACCGGUUGCUCAAAUGGGAGUUAUUGGUAUGAUUGUUGCAGGUGAUCGUAUCUUUCCCAUGAUUGGAAUUGCGCAGCCACCUGCUUGGUUCCAUUCCUUGAGGGCCAAUAGAUUUGGAUCCAUGGCUUCCACUUGGCUUAUUGGAAACUUUCUGCAGUCUUACCUUCAAAGCUCAGGCGCCUUUGAAGUUCAAUGCGACGGGGAACUGGUGUUCUCUAAAUUGAAAGAAGGUAGAUUUCCAGGAGAGAUCGAACUGAGAGAUCUCAUCAGCAAGACCUUAACAAGACCAAGCACACUCUACUGAAGUAGUAUCAGAAGAUAGUGAAGUUCAACAAAGUAUUUUGGCACGAGAUGGUGUUACAGUAUCAUAUGCCAACAGUGUGUCUUUAUGUUUUUAAGUUACAUCAUGUUCCAAUAUUUCCCAUUUAAGUCUGUUGAUGUAGCAUACCUUGGUUUUAACUAAGGAUGUAUUACUUCUUUUAAUCAAAUCAUAUAAGGCAUUAGUUAUAGCCAUUUUCAAGAAAAGAAAAUGAAGAAAUGGUCUGUAAAAGACGAGAGAAAUGUUUAUAUGAAAUAUACAGAUUAGAGAA